UUUCGUGUGUAAACGGGUGUUGUCCGAGGACAGGGAGACAUGUUGGAGGUGUAAAGCAGAGGACACACAUGGACACCUGCGGGAUCAUGUCCGCUCUGGACAGACCCGCCGCCGAGCUCACGGUCAUGGACGUGUACGACAUCGCGGCGGUGCUGGGACACGAGUUCGAGCGGAUCAUCGACCGGUUCGGCUGCGAGUCGCUGGUCGCGCUGGUGCCCAAAGUGGUCCGGGUGCUGGAGCAGCUGGAGGCGCUGGUGAGCCGGGGAGCCGCCGGACAGGAGGCCGAGGAGCUGAGGGGGGAGCUGGAGAGACUGAGGCAGGAGAGGAGCGACAAGUCCGAGCAGGAGAGGAGGCACCAGAAGGAGCUGGAGCUGGUGGAGGACGUGUGGAGAGGUGAAGUCCAGGACCUGCUCCCUCAGAUCACUCGGCUUCAGGCGGAGAACAAGAGGCUGUUAGUGAGUCUCAAAGAGUCGCCUAUCACAGAGGAAGACAAACAGGAGGGAAUGUCAGAAAAAGAAAGACGCGUGAGGAAGAAGCUGGAAGACUUAGUGGAGAAGCAGAGGGAUGAAAUCCGAGCGAAGGACCAUGAGCUCACACUGAGAAAUGAGGACGUUGACGCGCUCCAGAUGCAGCAGAAUCGGGUGAUAAGGAUCAACCAGGACCUUCGUCACAGGAUCGGAGUGAUGGAAGCGCAGGGCAAGGCACUAAUCCAGCAGAGGGCGGAGCUGCAGGCUGCGGCCCAGGCACAGCAGCAGGAGGUCGGGGGUCUGCAGCUGGAGAUCACCAGGCUGAGUAAGGAGCUCCGAGACUGGGAGCUGGAGAGAGAGAUCUCUGAGGUCGAAGGGUCCUCUCUUACAAAAUCUGGAAUGUCCUUACCUGCAUCACCACAGAUGACGCCCUCAGAGGCAGCGCCACCCACCCCCAUCAAACCAAAGUCAGUGUGGGUGGAGUGUGGAGGCGACCCUGGCUUCAUGGAAAACUGCUUUGAGCGCGACAAGCGUCCUUCCAUCCUCCAGAGGUCAUCUAUCAGAGAAAACCACGAGGAAGAGGCUGACGAAGAUGAGGAGGCUACAGCUUUGUUAUUGGUAACAUCUGCCCCAGGUCUCCCACAUACAGUGUACAGCCUUACUCGCCUUACAGCAGAUGUCCAUGAACUGACUGUUAAACACAACACAAAACAUUAUACCUCUGCUGGUGUGUCACAGAGAGUAAUGUGUGCCUGUUGCAGAACUCCUCAGCUCCUCAUGUCUUUGUUAGUGUCAUUGUGUCCAUACUGUGCUGAGAGAAAUGUUCAAAAUGUGAUUUGUCAGCAGAAGGUGCCAGCUGACACAGAGCUGGAGGAGCAGAGCGACAGCCCGGAGCAGGAGUCAGACAAGCCUCGCUUUACUCUGCAGGAGCUACGGGACGUCCUGCAGGAGAGGAAUGAACUCAAGGCCCAAGUGUUCGUGCUGCAGGAAGACCUGGCGUAUUACAAAAGUGACGAGUCUGAGGAUGACACCAGCCCCUUUGUUUGUGCUUCACCUCCUCCUCCACCAUGCUCCACUUUCACGUACCAGCCUGAAUCAGGAAUCCGGCGCUUGAUCUUCACCGCUAUAAUGCCAAUGGUGGCAGCUGGUUUGAUCACAGACGAUCCCACGUUGUUGCCAAUCAGAAGACUUUCCUAUAUAGUCCUCCUCUCCGGUCCCGGCAGACACACGCAGCCCCUGAGGACUCGCUGCGGGAGAGAAGUUAACUUUCCCCGGGGUGAACUCGUCGCUUCCGUCAUGGAGUUCGGCGAAGAGUCGUCUCCCGCGCUGGCGUUCGAGAAGGACGCCUUCGAGCUCACGGUGGAGGAUGUUUACGACAUUUCUUACGUGAUCGGCCGGGAUCUGUUAAAGGUCAGCCGCACGGGGGACGAGGUGUCCGACCUGCAGUUCCGCAUCGUCCGGGUGCUGGAGAUGUUCGAGACCCUGGUGAACAAGUACAAUCUGUCCGUGGAGGAGCUGCGCAUGGAGCGGGACAACCUGAAGACCGAGCUGGACCGGCUCGUCCAGGAGACGUCCUCCGGCCAGGGCACGCAAACCGCUGGGCCCAACCAGCUGGUGGUGGACCUGACGGACCCCAACAGGCCGCGGUUCACCAUGCAGGAGCUGAAGGAGGUUCUGCAGGAGAGGAACCAGCUGAAGGCUCAGCUCCUGGUGGCUCAGGAGGAGCUGCAGCUCUACAAGAGUGGGAUCCUUCCACAGGCUGAGCCCCCCAUGGUGGAAGUGGAUCUGGAGACACCGGAAACCCCAGAGCACAGUCCACCCACGAUAAACAAUGCAAAAGAGGAGAAGACGACCAUAAGCAAACUGUUUUCAUUCAGGCGGAAAUAAGAGAAAGGCUUUUCACACGAGCGGACCACGGAGAAGACAAACCGGAUUUGUCGGCACAGUUUUUCUCAUCAGUAAACCACUUUUAUAUUGAAGAUUUUUUACAUUGUGUAUUUGUCAGUCUAACAAGCACUGUGUUUUAUACUGGUAAUUUUAACCUGAGAUGGUUUAUGCAAUUAGAGUUGACGUAGCAGAAAUAUAUAUAUACUACGUGAAACAUUUGAUGAAGGAAAUGAAACUGGAAAAGUAUUAUCUGGGUGCUGUUGGAGAACAUUUUUGAUGUUGAAUGAAUUAACUUAAAAAUUAAGUUAUCUGUAGGCUUGAAAUUAAUUUGUGUAAUCUAAAACAAACUAUGUGAACUCAGCUGUCAAACACAGACGGAGGACCCCCAACCCCCAAAAAGCAUUAAAAAUAGUAAUUUUAAUACA